UCAGCGCAGCAGAGCCUGGCAAGGGGAGCAAAGCACAACACCUCUGGCUCUGGGAGUGCUGCGAGAGGCCAAGGGCAUCCCGAUGCUGACUCUGCCAGCCGCCCUGCCCUGAGCCACCUGGCUUUGUUUUGUAGAGCCCUGAUGCUGUCAGGAGCCCGUCCCUGAGUGCUGAACUAUUUCUUGUUUUAAUUGAUCGCAUGUUCUCCAACCAAACCCCAUCUGGGUCCUGCUCCUCCCGACGCAGAAAGGGACUUCUGGCCUUAACAGAAAGAUUUCUUCCUUCUGGUUUUUAUGUCCCGUGGGAUUGUAAAGCAUCUUUCUUGCUGGAUUUCAUCUCCCAUCAAAGCGUGUUUUGAGGAAUUACGUGCUUAUUUCCAUGCUUUUAUAAACCGCUGGGAUCUGAGGGUCUCUGCCUUCUGCACCGCCACUGCUCCCACCUGUCUGCAAUGGGGCGAGAGCAGGAACUGAUCCAGGCCGUGAAGAAUGGGGACGUACCCGGUGUGCAGAAACUGGUGGCCAAGAUCAAGGCAUCUAAGAGCAAGCUCCUGGGAUCUGCCAAGCGCCUGAAUGUGAACUACCAGGAUGCGGACGGGUUCUCGGCGCUGCACCAUGCGGCCCUGGGCGGCAGCCUGGACCUCAUCUCACUGCUGCUGGAAGCACAGGCCACUGUCGACAUCAAGGACAGCAACGGGAUGCGCCCCCUGCACUAUGCGGCCUGGCAGGGGCGUGUGGAGCCGGUGCGGGUGCUGCUGCGUGCUGCUGCCUCCGUCAACAUGGCUUCACUGGACGGUCAGAUCCCGCUGCACCUCUCGGCACAGUACGGCCACUAUGAGGUGUCAGAGAUGCUGCUCCAGCACCAGUCCAACCCCUGCCUCAUCAACAAGGCGAAGAAAACUCCCCUGGACCUGGCCUGUGAGUUUGGGCGGCUGAAGGUGGCCCAGCUGCUGCUGAACAGCCAUCUGUGUGUCGCCCUCCUGGAAGGACAGUCCAAGGAUGCCACCGACCCCAACUACACCACCCCGCUGCACCUGGCAGCCAAGAAUGGGCACAAGGAGAUCAUCAGGCAGCUGCUGAAGGCCGGGAUCGAGAUCAACAAGCAGACAAAGACGGGCACAGCCCUGCACGAGGCCGCGCUCUAUGGCAAAACGGAUGUGGUGCGCUUGCUGCUGGAGGGUGGUGUUGACGUGAACAUCAGGAACACCUACAACCAGACGGCACUGGACAUCGUGAACCAGUUCACCACCUCUCACGCCAGCAAGGACAUCAAGCAGCUGCUGAGAGAGGCAUCAGGAAUCCUGAAGGUCCGAGCUUUGAAGGAUUUUUGGAACCUCCACGACCCGACUGCUCUCAACGUCCGGGCAGGAGACGUCAUCACAGUCCUGGAGCAGCAUCCAGAUGGGCGAUGGAAGGGGCACAUCCAUGAUGCUCAGAAAGGCACCGAUCGGGUCGGGUACUUCCCCCCCUCCAUCGCUGAAGUCAUCAGCAAGCGAACAGGCGUGAUUGUCCCCCGCGUGGCGCCCAUGCACCAGCACCAGGGUCCCCCUGGGGCCCUCCCGGCCCCCCCCGGCGGGCUGCAGCACCUCCCCGACGAGUCUCCUCACCAGGCAGCCCCGAGCAUCCCAGCAGCCUAUGACCACCUCACCCUAACCCGGACGGCCCCAGGCCCUGACAGCUCAGCAGGAGACAGGAACAGUGUGGGCAGCGAGGGCAGCAUUGGCAGCAUCCGCAGUGCCGGCAGCGGCCAGAGCACCGAGGGCACCAACGGACAGAGCACCAACAUCCUCAUCGAGAACACCAGGCCGCUGCCCUCUGCCAGCGAUGACCUCCAACAACACCUUUUGGGAUCGGAGCCACACAAUGUGCAGUUGACGUCCACAGCAGGGCCACAGGGCCACCAGACCCCAGGCAGCUGCCCCCCUGGAGACAGAGUCUUCUCCCACCAGUUCUUGCGGCCUGAGCAGCUCCUCGAGGGGAAGGACGCAGAAGCCAUUUACAACUGGCUGAGUGAAUUCCAGCUGGAGUCGUACACCACCAACUUCCUCAAUGCUGGCUAUGAUGUCCCCACUAUCAGCCGCAUGACCCCAGAGGAUCUGACAGCCAUUGGUGUGACCAAACCAGGCCACAGGAAGAAGAUCUCCACUGAGAUCGGGCAGCUCAGCAUUGCUGAGUGGCUGCCCAACUAUAUCCCGGCUGACUUGAUGGACUGGCUCAGUGCCAUUGGGUUGCCCCAGUACCACAAAAAGCUGGUGAACAACGGCUACGAUUCCAUCACCAUUGUGACGGACCUGACAUGGGAGGAUCUGCAAGAGAUUGGCAUCAACAAGCUGGGCCACCAGAAGAAGAUCAUGCUGGCUGUCAAGAAGCUCAGAGACCUCCGCAAAAGCCUCAACCAAGCAGAAGCAACUCUGGCAAGACGCAAAGUCCCCGGUGCCCUGGACAUCGUCACCAUUGAGUCGCUGGAGAAUGGGGAGUGCCAGUCCCCGCACACCCCCAAAAUGACGACCUUCCAGGACAGUGAGCUCAGCUACGAGCUCCACACAGCCAUGUCCAACAGCUGCCAUGAGACGCUUGGCAUCAAGAGCAGCCAGGGGAUGUCGCGGAGCCAGGAGAGCAUUGGAGUGCGGUCCCGGGGCUCGGGGCACUCACAGGACAAUGUGCUGUCCCUGCACCUCUCCAGCCCCUCACAGGAGAGCCUGGGCAGUGGGGAGAGCAGCAGCAGCAGCGGGCAGUCCUGCGUGCCGCCCUGCAGCAAGGAGAGCCCAGCCAGCCUGCCAGGACGGCCCAGUCCUGAGCCCUAUGGGAAGCUCAUCUCUCCCGAGGGGCUGAAUGGCUAUGCCAAUGGCAGCGGGGGCAGCCCUCUCAAGGAGAGGAACCUGCCCGAAGGCACAGAUCAGUAUGCCCGGCCAGUGGCUCAGAAAGGUGCCGGGACACCGGCAGUCACCCCGUGUACCCCUCCCCAGACCCCCAGCAAGGCGACAGCCCCGUACGUCUUCAUGUACCCGCACGUCUCCUUGAAAUCCCCGACAGUCCCUUCCCUCCUGGGAGCGGAGCAGCCCAAGACCCUGGUGCACCUGUACCCCUCCAUCUCCUCCGGACAGAAGAACAGCCUGCAGACGUCAGCCCAAAAAGCCUUCUCCUACCUGCACAGCCAGUGUGGCCCUGUGGAGCCACCCACCAUGUCACCCACGGCUGGGGUGGCCAUGGGCGCCUGGCAGAUGGAUGCCAAGGUGACCCGCAGCCAGUCCUUUGCCAUCCGGGCCAAGCGCAAGGGCCCCCCCCCGCCGCCUCCAAAGCGCCUCAGUUCUGUCUCCAGUGCCCUUGCUGCCGAGGCAGAUGGUGAGCAGCCCCCCAACCCCGAGCAGCAGCCCACAGCCCCCCAGGACAUGGCCGACAUGGGUGCCAGCCCCGGUGAUGCCAUCCAUGGCAGGAUAGCGAAGGGCCUGGCGGCUGCGCUGGAGGGGACACCAGGGGCGAGUCUGCCCAAGCCCCUCCUGGCCCCAAAAUCACUGCACAUGGCUCAAGACUGUCUCCCUGGGGCAGGUGUGGACGAUGAGUCCUAUGAUGGUGGUGAUACCAACAGCACCACACUUUCCGAUGCCAGCAGGGAUCCUUUUGAGAGCAGCAAGCCACGGAGACGGACAUUCAGUGAGCCCAGUGCUCCCAUGACGGAGGUGGCUGUGCAGGGUGGGCGGGAGGACACCUGCUCGGACACGGAGGAGGAGGCCAAGCCGGGGGUCUCAUCCUCAUCCUCCCAGAAUAGCUCCAGUGAGUGCAUCCCCUUUGCAGAAGAAGGCAACUUAACCAUCAAACAGCGGCCAAAGCCCACUGGGCACCCCAAGGCCGACACGACCAUCCCAGACACAGAGCCCAGUUCCCAGCCGGUGGAGCCCCCCUGCUCCACUGGGAAGGAGCCGGUGGUGCCUGCUGCUGCCAAGGAGCCGCCUGUGCCAGAGUUCAACCUCACUGAGUCAGACACAGUGAAGCGCCGGCCCCGCUUCAGGGAGCGGGAGCCACUGCAGGCAGUGCUGAAGGCAUUCAGCAUGGUGGGACAGGCUGAGGCAGGGGCCAGCCCGGGGCCCCCGUAUGCCCGGGCCCAAGCAGUGAGCAUUGCAGGCCCUGCCAUGCCAGCACCAGCACCACAGGCUGGGCUGGCCGGGGAUGCCUUUGAUGACAACAGCGUGGAGUUCAGGAUUGCCGAGAUAGAGAAAAGCAUCUUGUCACUGGAGAAGGGGAUCAAGAAGGCACCAAGCCCCACCAAAGCCCCCAGCCCCGUGGAGCUGCUCAGCACCACCGUGGUGAGGACGCCCGCUCCAGAUGUCCCCACCAAGCACACCUCCGUGGCGUCCACCAAGCUAGUCUUCUCCGGGCCCAAGACCAUCUACCAUCAGGUCCUGCAACCCUCCCGCCAUACUGUUGUUCCCUGGGAAGCCACCGAGGCAGUACCGGAUGUGAUCGGGUCGCUGGUCAGUCCUGGCUUGCUGACGCUGGAGGCGGGUAGCAAGGUGUCAGCAAAACCUUUGGCAGCUGCCCCAGGGGCCGCCCUGGCCCAGCAGCGGCUGGAACAGACCAACUCCACCCUGGCUGCUGCGCUGCAGGCGGCUGAGAAGAUCACGGAGGAGGAGGCAGAAAGCCACCCUGGGGCCGUGCACUCGGCCAAGAACAUCCUGGAAGACAUCAGCAACAUGUUCGAUGACCUGGCUGACCAGCUGGAUGCAAUGCUGGACUGAGGCUUGCUCCCUCCUUCCCCUCCCCACCUCUGGCUGCUCUGCCAGUGCCCCUCGUGACAGGGGGAGAGCAGAUCCAGCACUGAGUGGUGCCUCCAGAUCUCUCCAGCUGCCUCCCUCCCUGCACUUUGCACUGCGGCUGGGAAUGCAGCUGCCCCUCCUGGCUCGUCCCUGGCUCAAUAUCACAUGUGCCAAUGUGGCUGCGGGCUGGUUUCUGAGGGGGUCAGGCAUUUCCCACCAGACUGGCAGCAGGAGGAGAGCCCAGAGGGCCCGCACAUGUGGUCCUGCAGGCCAUGGAGAAGAC